GUGCCUGAAGCACAAACUCCUCUGAAGUCCCUGGAGGACAUCAAGCUGAUGUUCCAGCGCCUCAGCUUCUCUCCGUUCUCCGCCCUCUCCACCCUGUCUCCUCCCCAGAUCAAAGGCAGCCCUCGCAGCUUCACCAGCAGGCUGUUUGCCCGGGGGAAGACCGGCUCCUUCAACUUCUCCACGCCCAGUAACAGCACCACCGACACCUCAGAGCCAGGCAAAGAAACCAGCCUGGAAACCUCCAACAUUACUAGAGAAGUGGACAGUGACAGUGACACUGAUGAUGAACUGCUGUAUGAGGCAGAGAGUCCAGACGAGGCGGCUCUGGUCCACGCAGCCCAGGCGUACCACUGCACCCUCAGGGCACGCUCUCCAGAAAGCCUGCUGGUGGACCUGCCGGGGAUCGGCUCUCUGGCUGUCCAGCUCCUCCACAUCCUGCCCUUUGACUCCAACAGGAAGAAGAUGUCUGUGGUGGUCCGCCACCCACUCACAGGACAGGUGGUGGUUUACACCAAGGGAGCAGACUCUGCUAUCAUGGACCUGACGGAGACACCUAAAGGUGCAGAGCAGGCUCAGGAGAUCUACAGCCACAUCAGAGAGCAAACCCAAAAACAUUUAGACGGCUAUGCCAGAGAAGGCCUCCGCACGCUCUGCAUCGCUAAAAAG